AUGAUCGUUAAGCCGAAAAAUUAUCCACCAGGUCCCAGGUGGUACCCAUUUUUCGGUUGUAAUCAUAUUUUACACAUAAGAACUGCUGAACACGGGUCGCAGUGGAAAGCAAUAUCAGAAAUGGCGAAAGAAUAUUCUACAAAUGUGCUAGGAUUGAAAAUGGGGAAUGAGAGGGUAGUAGUCGUGUAUGGAGAGAAAAAUAUCCGGCAAGUCAGCUAUGACAAGGAGUUCGAUGCUCGGCCAGACAGCUUCUUUUUGAGACUAAGGUCGUUUGACAAAAGGAUCGGGAUCACUUUCGUAGAGGGUCCUCUUUGGAAAGAACACAGAUCCUUCACAUUUAAAUAUUUAAGAAAUAUUGGUUAUGGAAAAGAUUCGAUGCAUAACGACAUAAAAGAUAAUUUGAAAAAUAUACUAAAUAUUAUUGACAGUAGCAAUGGAAAUCCAAUAAAUAUAAAAACUGCAGUCGCGAUGACUGCUAUGAACAUAUUAUGGAAGUAUGUAGCAGGCGAACAUAUAAAAGAAUCACAACUUAGGAAAAUUAUAGAAUUACUGAGCGCUAGGUCGAAAAUCUUUACGAUGGCCGGAGGGUGGCUGAACCAGUGGCCUUUCCUAAGAUUUAUAGCACCUGAAUGGAGCGGUUAUGCUGUUAUUAAGAGAAUGAAUGAUCAACUAUAUGACAUUAUUAUUGAGUCAAUAAAUAAACACAAAAAUAAAUCAGUUAAAGGACCAGAUUAUAUAUAUGCCUUCAUGGAUGAAAUGAAUAAAAAUAAAGAAACGUACACAGACGAUCAAUUGAUUGGUAUAUGUUUAGAUUUUCUAAUUGCGGGUGCGCAGACGACGGGGAGUUCGUUCGAUUUUAUGAUAUUAGCAACAUUACGAUACGCAGAUAUUCAAGAAAAAAUAUACCAAGAAAUUGUUAGUGUUCUAGGUGAAGAAGAUUAUAAUUGGUUAGACAUAAAGAGACUCGUGUACACUACAGCGUUUCUAUGUGAAGUCCAAAGAUAUUAUACAAUAGCCGUAUUUUCUGGUGCUAGAAGGACGCUUACUGACGUCAUCGUGGAUGGCUAUACAAUUCCCUCGGGUACAACCAUUCUCGUGUCGCUCGGCGAUUUGCACACAGAUCCGGAGCUAUGGGUAGAGCCGACUAAAUUCGAACCAAUGAGAUUUAUCGACGCGAACGGCUCACUGAAAACUUCGGCAGUUUCACUGCCGUUUGGUUUGGGUCGCAGACGUUGUCCUGGGGAACCGUUGGCUAAGCCUUUCUUACUGACAUCGUUAGUAGCGAUCUUACAGAAAUACAAAAUUGUAUCCAGUAAUGGAGUGCUUCCUUCAGGUGAACCCCACAUCGGGUUGCUCGCAGAACCUCGACCAUUUACUGCAAGAUUUAUUAAAAGAAAAUUAAGCCAGUGA